UGACCGGCGAGCGGGCAGGCCGAGCACGUGCUCUCCACACACCGCAGCGGAGGAGGAGGAGGCGCCAACAGCACCACCACAGCACGCUUUUAGGCGGAGAUGCCGGAGGAGGCGGCGUCGUGCGAGCUGUGCGGCGCGCCGGCGUCGCAGCGGUGCUCCAUGUGCCGGCAGGCGGCCUACUGCAGCAGGCAGCACCAGAAGCAGCACUGGCCCACGCACAAGGCCGGCUGCCGCUGCUACGAGGUGCGCACGAGCGCGGAGCUGGGCCGGCACCUGGUGGCGACGCGCGACGUGGAGGCUGGCGCGGCGGUGCUGGGCGACGCGCCGCUGGUGGUGGGCCCGCGCGUGCACCGCGCCGCCGACGAGGCGCCGGCCUGCCUGGGCUGCCUGCUGCCGCUGCCGCCCGAGGCCGCCGCGCUCGCGCGCUGCCCGCGCUGCCUGUGGCCGCUGUGCGCGCCGUGCGCAGCCGCGGGCGCGCCCGACCACGCGGCAGAGUGCCGGCUGCUGCGGCUGUCCGCGGGUCGCGCCGGUUGGCUGCUCGCCGCCGUCACGCCGCUGCGCUGCCUGCUGCUGCAGAAGAGGCACCCGCGCCGCUGGCAGCUGCUCGCGGACAUGCAAGCGCACGAGGACCAGCGCGGGCCCGGCACCGACGCCUACACGGAGUCUGGCGAGGUGUCUGAGUUCCUGCGGAAGAAGGUGCUGUGCGGCGAGGCGGGUGAGGCUGUGGAGGACGCGAGCGACGCGGCGAUCCGGCGCGUGUGCGGCGUGCUGGACGUGAACGCGCUCGACAUCACGCUGCCCGGCGGCGGCGAGGCCAGCGCGCUCUACCCCACCGCCUACCUGCUCGAGCACAGCUGCGUGCCCAACACCAGGCACACCUUCGACUUCCAGCGCGGCUGCCGGCUCACCGUUCGCGCCGCCAAGCUCAUAUCCAGGGGUGAGCACAUCUCGACGAUGUACACGCACGCGCUGUGGGGCACGCAGGCGCGGCGCGAGCACCUGCGCAGCACCAAGUACUUCGAGUGCCGCUGCCCGCGCUGCGCCGACCCCACCGAGCUGGGCACACACCUCAGCGCCAUGCGCUGCCUCGGCACGCUCACCGAGAGUGACGCCCCGGCGUGCGGGGGCAUCCAGCUGCCGACGUCGCCGCUGGACCCCGCCUCGGACUGGCGCUGCGACCGCUGCCCCGUCUCGCUGCCAGCCGCGCACGUCGCAGAGCUCGUGUCGCGCCUUGGAGACGAGGUCGACAAGACGCAGCAGGAGCGGCCGACGGUGGAGAGCCUGGAGACGCUGCUGGAGAAGCUGGACACGUUCCUGCACCCGCACCACUACCACAGCUACUCCGUCAAGCACUCGCUGCUCCAGCUGUACGGCCAGCAGCGCGGCUACGCCAUGGACCAGCUGUCCGACCAGCAACUGGCCAGGAAGGAAGCGCUGUGCCGCGAGCUGCUGUUGACGACGAACUGCCUGGAUCCGGGGUACGCGCGGCUGGCGCUGUACACGGGCGUGCUGCUGCACGAGCUGUCCCGCAGCCUGCUGGAGUCUGCCCGCCGCUCCGCCGGGGACCGCUCGGCGCUGGAGCAACUACUGGAGGCGCGAGCGCUGCUGGCCACGGCGCAGCGGGCGCUCCAGCCCGAGCCGCCUGGCAGCGCCGGAGAGCGUAUGCUGCAGCUGGUGCGCGGCGCACAGCACGAGGUCGAGGCCCGCUUCAAGGAGGCCUAACCACCACCCACUGCAGACACACUCUCCCUCUGCAUUCGCCGCGGCCGCUGCGAGCCUCGCGCGGGAACACGUUCUGUGUAGCCAGUUCUCGUAUAUCACAAAUGUCAGGUCGUGGUCCACGAAACUCUUUUGUUCCUAAAGUUUCGUCCAGGACUGCGCUGGAUAUCUUCAGACUCCAUUGAGUCUUUCCGACUCGGACGUCCGAGAGGGACGUAGGCGCUGUAGAAAAGAACAUGUAACCAGAGUUACACUUCAUAGAGAUUAUCCUUGUCGAAAAUAAAACUUAACUAUCGUUUGUAGUCUUGUCAAAGAGAAAAAAACUGUUUAGCGGAUUCUGCAAAGCUUCUUUCCAUAUGUCGCUAAGUUUCAAACUGUCUUCUUUCCUAUUAAAAUCAUCCCUACGUUUAUAUUUUUCCGUGGCUCCGCUACAUAAUAGUUCGUCACUGUACAUAAAAUUUUUGUUCCAGGAAACUUCACUUCUUGACUUCCUGACCAUGUUCUGCUACAGCUGAUUUCUCUAUUUUCCCUAGUCGGCAAAGACUUUUAUGUUCCUUUACCCGUUUUUCGAAAAGUGACGCACUCAGGUGGAUAUUUGCAUGAGAUCUCCAGUCACCACCGACAAAAAAACAGGGGUGUCAUUAAAAGUCUUGUCGAUAGAGCCAAAAAGAUUUGCUCGCUGGAAUACCUGGACUCUUAAAACAUGUGAAGCAGAAUUUCGAGAAAAUGGCUACUUUGGGGAAAAAGUACAAAGAAUUCUACGACCAAAUAAUGGAAGGCCGAAGGAGAAGCAUGAAAAACAACGAGAUGGAAGAAUACACUUUCCCUCACUUUUGUUUAAAAAAGUAACAGAUCAAAUCGGAAAGAUUUUACAGAAAUAUGACAUUAUACCGGCUUUAGAUCAACAAACAAAAUAGGUCAAGCACUUCGAUAUGUAAAGGAUAAACACAGUCCUCUGUCAGCAGGUGGGAUAUAUUUGAAAUUACGUGCACGUGUGGUGAAGUUUAUAUUGGAAUAAUGAAGAGUAGCGUGAAUACACGGGUAAAGGAACAAAGAAGUUUUUGCGACUAAGGAAAAUAGACAAAUUGGCUGUAGUAGAGCAUGCUCCUCACUCAGGAAGUCACAAAGUAAAGUUUUCUGAAACAAAAAUUUUAUCUACGAGGACCAGCUGUUAUCCGCUGCUACGUAGAGAAGUUCAAAUGUUCAAAUGUGUGUGAAGUCCUAAAGGACCAAACUGCGGAGGUCAUCGGUCCCUAGACUUACACACUAUUUAAACUAACUUCAGCUAACUUAUGCUAAGAACAACACACACACCCAUGGGGAGGGGAGGACUCGAAUCUCCGGCAGCAGGGGCCUCGCAAUCCGUGAAAUGGCACCUCAAACCGCGUAGCCACUAAGCGUGGCGUAGAGAAGUCAUCCAAAAAUGUAAACAUAGGGAUAAUUUUAAUAGAAACGAAGAGACCAUGAAACUUAGCGAUAUAAGGACAGCAGCUCCGUAGAAUCACUAAACAGUCUUUUUUUUUUUUUGUCUUCAACUAGACGACAAUCGAUAGUUGAGUUUUUACCUUUCACGAGGAUAAUCUCUAUUUAUCACGUGUAACCUCGGCCACACCCCCUUAUAUAUAUAUACUUACUGCAACCUACAUCCUUCUGAAUCUGCUUAGUGUAUUCAUCUCUUGCUCUCCCUCUACUAUUUUUACCCUCCACGCUGCCCUCCAAUGCUAAAUUUGUGAUCC